AUGCAUUCUAUGCGAGCGAGCGUACGACUGCAAAGAUGCAUCAGCUUGUCCCGUAAUUCGAAGUGCACAUAUGCCACAACCCCCUACGGCACGCCAGCAUCCAAUCCCUCGAUAAUAACGGAUUCAGACAUCGAGGGGGCUAGGUCAUAUUGUGCUAAUCUUCUGCAGAAGUUCGAUUCGCCCUCCUACACUCUCCAAACCUUCAUUCCACCUUCUGCCAGAGAUGCCUACCUCUCCAUCCGAGCUUUCAACAUCGAGCUCGCCCGGAUACCAGAUCUGGUCUCAAACCCCACCGUGGGGGCCUUACGAAUGCAAUUCUGGCGCGAUAAUUUGACUCGCACAUUUGCGGGCACACCACCCAAAGAACCGGUCGCAAUACUCCUUCAUUAUGCGCUCGUAUCACUCCAAUCGCGGCAUCCUGGGAUUAGCACAAGUGCCAUGAAAGCAUGGUUCAUGAAGGUCAUCAACGCAAGGGAGCAGUAUAUGGAUAAUCGACCCUACACGAGCAUGGAUGCGUUGGAGCAUUACGCGGAAAGUACUUAUUCAACACUCAUGUACUUGACAUUAGCUGCCUUGCCUCUACAGUCUAUGACAGCGGAUCAUAUGGCGAGUCAUAUUGGAAAAGCUACAGGAAUUGCUGCUGUGUUGAGGGGCUUGCCGUUAAUAGCCUUUCCACCACCUCCGAAUAGCCAUAGUAAUAAUUCUGCUUUUAACAGUGCCUUGGGUGGCAGUGCUAGCGGACGUCAGGGGGCGGUGGUCUUGCCUUUGGAUGUCAUGGCAGAAACUGGAGUCAAAGAGGAGGAUGUUUUCAGGCAAGGCGCCGACGCCCCUGGCCUGAGAGAUGCAAUAUUUAAAGUGGCUACAAGAGCGAAUGAUCAUCUGAUUACUGCGAGAGAGAUGUCGAAGAAUCUUCAGCAAGGCAAAGAUGCAGGCCACGAAUUUGAGCAUCAUGGAGAGGAAGGUCAUCAAUACGUCGAGUCUAAAGAGAGCUCGCACAAGGAUGACUUGGAGAGAAGUUUUGGGGUCCUUAUGCCUGCAGUGGCUACGAGACUCUGGCUCGAGAAAUUGGAGAAAUACGACUUCGACGUUUUCAGACCCGAAUUGCGAGUUCGAGAGUGGAGACUCCCUUGGAAGGCAUAUUGGGGAUACACUCGGAGAACAAUAUAA